ACAGGAUUCAGCAAAGUAAGAGAAAAGCAGCACUUCAGAAAGGAGUCAAUUCCACAAUUUCAGCAUGAAAACUGGUAUUUUUCUGGUCAUAUUGGAACUGUGUGCCAAAAUGUGCAUAUCCAAUGCAGAAGAUGGGAUUUCAAGAGAGCAAGAGCAGCAGAGUUUCUUACCAAACUACUGGCCUUUCAAUAACACUGAUAAACAACAUCGACACCAGAAUGUGUCAGAUCCAGCUGCAGAAGAAUCUGCACCAUCGUUUUCCAUGCACAACUUCACAGAAAGAAACACCAAUUUUGGAUUUGAUCUCUAUCGAAAAAUAUCGCUGACACAUGACAAUAAUAUAUUAAUCUCUCCGCUGUCACUGUCAUUCACUUUGGCAGUCUUUGCCCAGGCUUCCACAGGGGAAACACAUAACCAAAUUGUUAAAUCUCUAAAUCUCCAACUUUUGGAUGGUCAAGGGAAUCAGCUCCCAGCUUUUUUCCACCAGCUGAGAGGCAACAUCACCCAAAACAAGGAAUUUGUUCUUUUGCACAACACUAUCUCUUUCAUCUGGAAAGACUUCCGGAUCAAGGACUCCUUACGUAACCUGUUGAAGCAAUAUUUUGACAUGGAAUUUCUGGCAGUCGAUUUCCACAACUCUACUUCAGCUAAAAGCAUAAUCAAUCAGCACAUUAAACUAAAGACCAGUGGGAAAAUCCCUACGUUGUUCGAUUCAUUAGAUGAGCAAGCCCAAAUCAUCCUUGUGGAUUACAUUCAUUUUAGAGGCAAAUGGUUAUAUCCAUUUUCUACUAAGUUCACAGAACUAGAAACCUUCUAUGUAGACAAUUACAAUACUGUCCAAGUACCCAUGAUGUUCAAGACUACAAGAAUUGCCUACACUUUUGAUAAGAAUUUACGCUGUGUUGUGCUAAAGAUUCCAUACAAGGGGAGUGCCUACAUGCUGAUUGCGAUGCCUCAAGAGGGAGAUUUCCUAUCCCUGGAAGACCAUUUAACUGCUGGACUUGUGGAGUCUUGGCUUAGAAGCAUGAGAACCAGAAAAAUUGAUAUGUACUUCCCAAAGUUCAAACUAGACCAGAAAUACUACAUGCAUCAAUUGCUUCAAGAUCUGGGAAUUAAAGACCUCUUCUCUAACAAAGCAGACUUGAGCCUACUGACAGAUCAGAUACAUACAAAAGUAUCACAGGUUCUCCAAAAAGCAUACAUUGAAGUGGAUGAGGCAGGAACUGAAGCUGCAGCUGGCACAGGAUCAGAAAUCACACCGUAUUCAAUGCCUCCUGUUAUCCGGGUGAAUCGGCCAUUCGUUUUUAUGAUCUAUGAAGACACCACGAAUGCCUUACUGUUUGUGGGUAGAGUUGCCAACCCCAUGGAGUUCUGAUGUACCAAAGCUCUGUUCAGUCUGUCUCUUUCAGUAGGCUUCUAACAAUUCAUUUGAAGCUGAAAAAUAGGGUUGUGGAAAUCCAAAGACAUUUCUGAUCAGAAGCAAUAAAUAGGUUCUAUGACAAUAUUAUGAGGACAACAAAUGUCACUGAGCCUCAAGCAGAUCUUCUCAUCUUCUGAACUUCUAUUUCAUUGCCCAGGUUGUUGGCCUGUGAUGUCCAGAAAGAUGUCUUUCCUCCCUCCUAUGAUUAACCUUUUCUUUGAUGUACCAGGGUCUACCAUAAUUAGACACAGGCUUUUGAAAGGAGUUGACUCAUAGAUAAACUUAUUUUGUGAGAUUUGGUGGUAAGAUUCUGAUCAGGAUUUGAUCAAGAUCACUAUUACUUGGCAUUGGCAGAGCCUUCCAAAGUUUUGAAGAUUUUUGCGGUCUUAGGGCCAAAAAUAGAUCUGUGAUCAGACUUCUACUGGAUGGGGAAAUGAAAUGAACUUAGAUUCAAUCUCAGGAGAAAAACCCUUCCACAAAAUGUAUGGAUACUCCUAAGCUUCCUCCAGUACCUAAAUAGAGAUUUAGGUACUGGAGGAAGCGUAGGAGUAUCCGUACAUUUUCCCCAGCAGAGCAAAUUGCCACUGGUGUGGGUUGCCUUUUGAGUGUAUGUAGAUUGCCAUCACAUUGUUGCUAACUUAUGGCUACCCCAUACGGUUUCCAGGCAAGAGUUGAUUUGCCAUUGUCUGCCUCCAUAUAGCAACCCUAGACAUACUUGGUGGUCUCUUAUUGAAGUACUAACCAGGGCUGACCCUGCUUAACUUCUGAGAUCAGCCCACUCUCGACCAUUACAGUCAGGCUAGAGUAGCAUUUACAGAAGGGAAAAGAUACUAGGUGAUGUGUUAAAACUACACCCAUUAAUCUAGCCCACAUGUACACACACACACCAUUUUACUGUAUGAGAGAUCUAGUGUGGUACAGUGGUUAUGGGUGUAGACUUCAGUCAGGAGAACUGGGUUUGACUCCUCACUCCUUCACAUGAAUCCUGCUUGGUGACCCUGGACCCAUCACAGCUCUCUCAGAAUUCUUUCAGCCAAACGCGUAGCAAGGGGGGAAAGCGCCUAGUGCACUGGUGCGUCCUCUGCCCCACCCCAGAAUGCCCCGCCAUGCUCCCAG